AUGAAGACCCAACACAUCACCCUUCCCACCAUCCAAAUCGCGGCGGCCGCAUUCUUCGCCGCCUCGGCCGAAGCGAAAGUCUACUGCACUGAUACUGCCGGCAAAGUAGUCGCCCAAGCUAGCUGUGACGGCUCCCAACCCGCAAACACUUUCUUCCUCGCCGAGCACGAGGGAGACGACCUACAGAUCGGGGACGCCAUUGUCGAGGACAAAGUCGAAACCUCCGCUGACGCCGCCCGCUACCUCGAAGGGCUUGAGACGGAGGUUGAGGCCGAUCAAGUCAGCGGCGGUUUCGGGCGUAGGUCGCCGCAGAGACAGUGUGAUCCGUCCCUUGGACACUGUGUUGUCAGCGGUGUUGGCAAGGGUGGCAACAAUGGUGGUUAG